AAUAAAUGGAAAACAAACGUUACGAUGUUUCGAAUACCUGCAACUGAUUUCCAUUUUGAUUUCUGGUAAUCUGAAUUCACUGAAGAAAUCAUGGAUUAUUCGUGUUUACUUAGUAUCCAUUCACUUGACCAUAUUGAGUCCCAAGCAAGGAGAUACAAAGAGAUAAAAGAUUCUAGAGAUAUCAGCCCUGCUGGCAAAAUUGAAUUCGAGAGAGCGAAAAGUAUUUUGUCUGUUGUCAGUCCAAAAACAAAUUUAUCGCUGUAUGAUCAUUUGGGUGACAUUUUGCGAAGAGUACUUCGGUUUGGAAUCGAAGACGGUGUUGAUAAUUUGGAAGAUAUUAGCCGUUCCAUCAAAGAUGAAAAACGAUCACCUGAGACUGAGAUCAUCGAAGGAAUUUUACUCGAUGAAAAUCUCCAGAAAAUGAUCGAAGAAAAGAAACUGUUUUAUAAACUUUCUCCAAUUGAUGAAAGGAAACCCGCCAUUAAGCCUUCAACGAUAGUGGAUGAAGAGGACAUGGAUGCAUACGAAGAAGAAGACGAAUCAGAAGAAAAAGACACGGAAGACGAGGACUUGCCAGACUUGGCUGCAUCUCUGCCAGAUCUCCACCACAAAAUCGGCCGUUUCAGACUCGGCGGCAUAGGGCUCAGUGAUGAAGAAGUUCAUGACCUGAACGUGGCACUCCGAAACUUGGCACAAACUUACAAACUGGAAAAAGUUGAGUUCUGGGGUAAAAUGUUUGCCAAUCAAGGCAAUUACUAUAUCGCAGAAUGUCCUUACCAGAGUAAUGUGCCUCGAGAAUCUUUCGGUUACGAAGAGAAGAAAGAAGAGCUUGAUGAUGAAAAUUUGAAAGAAGACUCAAUAGAUGAAGAGAAUUCAGAAAGUGAUGAUGCAACUGAAGAGGAAAAUGUAACUGACGAAGAAGAAACUGAAACAGAAGAAGAAAAAAAGAUACCGCCCAUACCAAAACCAAAUUUGAAAAAGCAAGCUAUCGUACCACCUGAAGAAGAUGGAACUGGAAUCAAUGAAUAUUUAUACUUUGUAACUAUGAAUAUAGUAGGAAAAUGGCGCUGUCUUCCUUCAUUGCGUCCUCAACAUAUAACAGCAGCAAAACGAAUGAAACGAUUUUUCAGUGGGAAUCUAGAAAACGAAAUAGGAGGAGGAAUCUGUUUCCCUGGAAAAGAAGCACAUUACUUGAGAGCACAGAUCGCCAGAAUUUCAGCUUCAACAAAUAUUGCGCCAGCAGACUUUUACACCAUCCAAGAAGAAGACGAAGAUGAUGAUGAUGAAGAAGAAGAAGACAAGGUUAAGAAACUAGAAAAAAACGAAGAGUAUGAAGCAAAAUCAGUGAAAGAUUCAUACUCCGAUGGUUUGGAAGACUGGGUUCAUUGCAGACACGCCAUUUUGAAUCAAGGUCGAUGCAUACCAAUGAAAGUAGAAGAAGAAGAUGAAAAUGAAGAUGAGGAAGAUGACGAAGGUGAUGAUGAAGAUGGGGACACCGAAAGCAAAGAAGAUGUAGAUCCUGAAAUAUUUGAAGCUAAGAAAGAAAGCGAAGUUCCUUUACUCCGCAGCCUGUCUGAAGACAAAGCUAUCGGCCAACUUUUACCAUGGACACUGAAGUUGACAUCAAAACUGAUUCCGGAAACUGCCAUCUUGAUUGUUCACUCUAAUUUGUGGCCAGGGGCAUACACAUACUACGAUGGAAAAGUAUCAGGUGUGACGGUUGUUAUUUCUUGGGGCAUAGUUGUUCCGUUUUUUGCCAGAUAA